CUGGAGCCGCUUUCAAAAAGGUGGAGGAGCAAAAAUUGCUCUCAGUUAUUCCGAAGGACCCUUGCAUCUUUUAGGCUUUUGAGAGCACUAAUUGGAGGGCUUUUCCUUAGCAAAUGUCUUAAUCUUGAAGUCUGAACGGAAAGCAAAAAGCGCACCCCGCCCGAUUUCCGGAGGGCCAAGAUCGCGACGAACAACCAGGAAGCGGCCGGUCAGGGAGCUGUCCCGGGUUGUCCGCAGCGCUCUAGAGGGAGCUUCCAGGGUCCCUACACCGUGUUUUCCUGCUCCGCGUGACCCCAGCCCCGACCUAGGCUCCGGCCCGGGUCGGCCACUCCGGAGCCGCCAUGUCUUCCGACUUCGAAGGCUACGAGCAGGACUUCGCGGUGCUUACUGCAGAGAUCACCAACAAGAUUGCGAGGGUGCCCCGACUCCCGCCUGAUGAAAAGAAGCAGAUGGUGGCAAAUGUGGAGAAACAGCUCGAAGAAGCAAGAGAACUGUUGGAACAGAUGGAUCUGGAAGUCCGAGAGAUACCACCCCAAAGUCGAGGAAUGUACAGCAGCAGGAUGAGAAGCUACAAGCAAGAAAUGGGAAAACUUGAGACAGAUUUUAAAAGGUCACGGAUCGCCUACAGUGACGAAGUACGGAAUGAGCUCCUAGGGGAUGAUGGGAAUUCCUCAGAGAACCAGAGGGCACAUCUGCUCGAUAACACAGAGAGGCUGGAAAGGUCAUCUCGGAGACUAGAGGCUGGGUACCAAAUAGCAGUGGAAACCGAACAAAUUGGCCAGGAGAUGUUGGAAAACCUGAGUCAUGACAGAGAAAAGAUACAGAGAGCACGUGAAAGACUUCGGGAAACAGAUGCUAACUUGGGGAAAAGCUCCAGGGUUCUGACAGGGAUGUUACGAAGGUAAGAGCCAGAAUCAUCCAGAACCGCAUCCUGAUGAUCAUCCUGGCCGUCGUCCUGCUCAUCACCAUCCUCGUGGCGAUCACUUUUUCUGUCAGAAGACACUGAUGUAUCUGCUCUUCCUUGAUAAACAGCGACCACGGCUCGUUCUGAGUAAUUAAGACAAAAUGGUCACAUGAAUCAUUCUCUCGAGCUGACAGGCCCUGAAUGACCCUCCCUGUCUCUCACCGCUGUUCAGCUGAAGUGCAAAGAGUGUAAAAAUAUUUUCUAUUCCCGUUUGCAUGUGGGUUGGUUUCCUUUUCUAGGUUUGUCUUCACCCAGAUUUGUUUUUUAUAGGCGAAGGCGAAUGUUUAUUUGCCUUUUGGUAACUUCAUCUACUGGCCAAAAUAGCCCUGGUGACAUUCUUGCUUGCCCUGUGGACAUGUCGGGGGUCACGGUUUGGGAGAGGGAGGGCAUGAUGAGUCCGUCACAGGGGCUUCGGAUGGGCUGUGCUCUUUUUCACACACCUCUUGUCACCGAUCAGCCCUUCAGUGAUGUCUGAGGAUAAAAAAUGCAGAGACAAGCAGUGGCCAGAGCCAGUGACCCAGCAAACCAGCUCUGUUGCUCCCCAGACAUAAUGAAUAUAGUCUACCUGCCUGAGAGCUUUCAUUGUAAAGGUGGGUAUUUAAUAGCAGUUGUGCAGGAAAUUGACUUAGCACUUUCCCUGUUUUUCUAUGCAUUUUUUUUUUUUUUUAACCCAAGAAUAUUUUUUGCUGAGCCUGCUCACUAUCCACUUUUCACAACUUUGAUUCCUGGCUACAAGAAAGAUAUCCUUGCCUUCCCCAAAUCCCAUACUGCCCAGAAUCUGCUGACAGAGAGAGCCCCGGCAUGGUAUUUCAUGAUGACCUCCUCUCCCCUGACCUGUGUAAGCAUCUUAGUAUCCUUUCCAUCUUAAUAUUUGUACUGCCAAAAGCAGCCCUCAUACAUGCAAAAGGUCUGACAGGGUUCUUUCCACAUCCAUGCCAGUAUGUAAAGAGAGCAUGGAUAUUUCAGGAAGAGCAAGAAGCUGACUCCUACAGUGUGAAAUUUCAAAUGUGAUUAUCAAUAUGGUAGAGUCCUAUAGGCUGAUCCACUGGAAAUAAACUUGAUAGAAAAUGUUCACUGACCUCCUUUAAAAGAAGAAGGGAUUGCAGCGCAUUAUAAAAGGAUGCCUUGGGUUUUUCACUAACAAAUGUGAGCACAGCCUUCCUGAAUUCACGAUGUAUUCAAACCUCUAACACGCUUUGUGAUUUUCUUUGGUUUCUUUUUGUCCGAGGUAACCGGGAAUUGUGUUCAAAAUGAGUUCAUUUAUGAUCAGGCUUCAGGUUGCCCAAGCUGAGGUCAUUCUCCCCCUAGUCAUAAAGUGAAAUGUGUUUUUCUUAAGACUUCAUAGGCACUUACAGGGUCCUUUCUAUCUUUUGAAUAUAAUUGGAAGCUUUGAAUCCUUGAAAAGCAAACCUGUUCCCUUCAUAAAAAAUGCUAACCACCUGUGCCCACGGGCUGAGAUCACCUGGCUGCAGUCCCUGAUUUCUUUUCCCCCCAACUCAGAAGAGAACCAUUAUGGUCUUGAGAGGAAAUGCAGAAGGGCAAAAUCCACCCGAGAAAUUGUACUUAUCGAAACAGGCUAGGGCCUGCAUGUGUUCAGAUAAAUCAUUUAGUAUUGUGUAAAUAAAGCUGCAGCCUUUACUUCGCAGGGAUGGUGUGGGAUUUUGGCAGAGCGAAGUAGGCCAGCAAAGGAGUGGGAAGGCUGUACUAAUUUUCCUAUCAGCUUAAAGGAUCUAUCUCAGCAAGAAUCUUUUAUUCUGAUAACAGAAUUCUGUACGUACUAAACACAUCGAAGAAACGAUGAAAAGGCAAGGAAACAAGU